AUGGGGCCAGGGGCCCUCUCAUCUCUACUGCUGCUGUCGCUUCUCUUAGUGGCAACUGGAGAUGCUGACAUGAAAGGACAUUUUGAUCCUGCCAAGUGCCGCUAUGCCCUGGGCAUGCAGGACAGGACCAUUCCAGAUGGGGACAUCUCUGCCUCCAGCUCCUGGUCAGACUCUACUGCUGCUCGCCACAGCAGGCUGGAGAGCAGCGACGGGGAUGGGGCAUGGUGUCCUGCAGGGCCUGUCUUUCCAAAGGAAGAGGAGUACCUGCAGGUGGAUCUGCGGAGGCUGCACCUGGUAGCUUUGGUGGGCACCCAGGGGCGUCAUGCUGGAGGCCUGGGCAAAGAGUUCUCCCCCAGCUACCGGCUACGUUACUCCCGAGAUGGCCACCGCUGGAUGGACUGGAGGGAUCGCUGGGGUCAGGAGGUGAUUUUAGGUAAUGAGGACCCUGGGGGAGUGGUACUGAAGGACCUUGGACCCCCCAUGGUGGCCCGACUGGUUCGCUUCUACCCCCGGGCUGACCGGGUCAUGAGUGUCUGUCUGCGGGUGGAGCUCUAUGGCUGCCUCUGGAAGGAUGGACUCCUGUCUUACACAGCCCCUGUGGGGCAGACGAUGUACUUAUCUGAGGCAGUGCACCUCAAUGACUCCACCUACGAUGGACAUACCACACACGCUGUUGGCGGGUUGCUGUAUGGAGGUCUGGGUCAGCUGGCAGAUGGUGUGGUGGGGCUGGAUGACUUUAGGAAGAGCCAGGAGCUGCGGGUCUGGCCAGGCUACGAUUAUGUGGGAUGGAGCAACCACAGCUUCCCAGGUGGCUACGUGGAGAUGGAGUUUGAGUUUGACCGACUGAGGGCUUUCCAGGCCAUGCAGGUCCACUGUAACAACAUGCACACCCUGGGAGCCCGCCUGCCUGGUGGGGUGGAAUGUCGCUUCAAGCGGGGCCCUGCCAUGGCCUGGGAGGGGGAGCCUGUGCGCCACGCCCUGGGGGGCAGCCUGGGGGACCCCAGAGCCCGGGCUGUGUCAGUGCCCCUGGGCGGCCGCGUGGGCCGCUUUCUGCAGUGCCGCUUCCUCUUUGCUGGGCCUUGGUUACUCUUCAGCGAAAUCUCCUUCAUCUCCGAUGUUGUGAAUGACUCCUCUCCAACUUUGGGGGGCACCUUCCCACCAGCCCCCUGGUGGCCACCUGGCCCACCUCCCACGAACUUCAGCAGCUUGGAGCUGGAGCCCAGGGGCCAGCAACCUGUGGCCAAGGCUGAGGGGAGCCCAACUGCCAUCCUCAUUGGCUGUUUGGUGGCCAUCAUCUUGCUGCUGCUGCUCAUCAUUGCCCUCAUGCUGUGGCGGCUGCACUGGCGCAGACUCCUCAGCAAGGCUGAGCGCCGGGUAUUAGAAGAGGAGCUGACAGUUCAUCUGUCUGUCCCUGGGGACACCAUCCUCAUCAACAACCGCCCAGGCCCUCUUGAACCACCCCCUUACCAGGAGCCCCGGCCUCGUGGGAAUCCGCCCCACUCUGCUCCCAGUGUUCCCAACGGCUCUGCGUUGCUGCUCUCCAAUCCAGCCUACCGCCUCCUUCUGGCCACUUACGCCCGUCCCCCUCGAGGCCCCGGCCCCCCCACACCCGCCUGGGCCAAACCCACCAACACCCAGGCCUGCAGUGGGGACUAUAUGGAGCCUGAGAAGCCGGGUGCCCCGCUUCUUCCCCCACCUCCCCAGAACAGCGUGCCCCAUUAUGCCGAGGCUGACAUUGUCACCCUGCAGGGCGUCACUGGGGGCAACACCUAUGCUGUGCCUGCACUGCCCCCAGGGGCUGCUGGGGAUGGGCCCCCCAGAGUGGAUUUCCCUCGGUCUCGGCUCCGCUUCAAGGAGAAGCUUGGCGAGGGCCAAUUUGGGGAGGUACAUCUGUGUGAGGUAGAGAAUCCUCAAGAUCUGGUCAGUCUUGAUUUCCCCAUUAAUGUGUGCAAGGGACACCCUUUGCUGGUAGCUGUCAAGAUCUUAAGGCCAGAUGCCACCAAGAAUGCCAGCCCCUCAGUGUCCCUGCCACCUACCUGCUUCUCUAGGAACGAUUUCCUGAAGGAAGUGAAGAUCAUGUCGAGGCUAAAGGACCCAAAUAUCAUCCGGCUCCUGGGCGUGUGUGUACAGGACGACCCUCUCUGCAUGAUUACUGAUUACAUGGAGAAUGGUGACCUCAACCAGUUCCUCAGUGCCCACCAGCUAGAGGACAAGGCGACUGAGGGGCCCCCCGGGGAUGGGGAGGCUGCCCAGGGGCCCACCAUCAGCUACCCCAUGCUGCUACACGUGGCAGCUCAGAUUGCCUCGGGCAUGCGCUAUCUGGCCACCCUCAACUUUGUGCAUCGGGACCUGGCCACAAGGAACUGCCUGGUUGGGGAAAAUUUCACCAUUAAAAUCGCUGACUUUGGCAUGAGCCGGAACCUCUACGCUGGGGACUAUUACCGAGUACAGGGCCGGGCAGUGCUGCCCAUCCGGUGGAUGGCCUGGGAAUGCAUCCUCAUGGGGAAGUUCACGACUGCAAGUGAUGUGUGGGCCUUUGGGGUGACCCUGUGGGAGGUGCUGAUGCUCUGCCGGGCCCAGCCCUUUGGGCAGCUCACUGAUGAGCAAGUCAUCGAGAACGCAGGGGAGUUCUUCCGGGACCAGGGCCGGCAGGUGUACCUGUCUCGGCCCCCUGCCUGCCCACUAGGCCUGUAUGAGCUGAUGCUUCGGUGCUGGAGCCGGGAGCCUGAGCAGCGGCCACCCUUUUCCCAGCUACAUAGGUUUCUGGCAGAAGAUGCUCUCAACACAGUGUGA